AUGCUGUGCGUGACGGCCAACCUGAUCCGCGGGUGGUUGCAGCGCAUGGAGCACGUGCGACAGUACGCGUUGGGCGUUGCGCUCAUGAUUGGGGAGGAGAGGCGGCACGACAUUGUGGCGCUGUGUGUGUUGAGUGGCCGGGGCAUGCCGGCGAUUGUGAGGGACGUGGAGCACACGGAGCUGUUUGACUGA